AUGGAUAAAGCAUUAGCCUUGGCUUAUCCACCUUGGGAGAACGAUAAGCCCAUUAUUUUCAACUACCCUGAAUUUGUGGCCUUCUUCAGACGGGUAUUUGAUGUACCAGCUCGAUCCCUCUCUGCCGCUAAACUGCUUAUGUGCAUCCGGCAAGGCUCCGUGAGAGGCCUUCAUUUAAAGAGCACCUGCGUAGGCCUCCUAACAAGUUGGCUCCCUCGUUUUCCUCCCCUCCCUCAACGUCGGAGUCUGAUACCCACACAACCUCGUACCACUCUGUUGGCUAUUGAGGCCAUUGAUGGCAGACCAUUGCAGCCUGCCCUCAUCACUCUCGAGACCGCUCCUCUUACCAUGGUGGUGAUCUCCUCCCUGCACUUUCCGGUGGUUCUGGGUUAUCGGUGGCUCCAGACCCAUAAUCCCAGGCUUGAUUUGGGGAAGUCUCACUUGAGGAAUCACCUUGAUCAACAAAUAAGUGCCCUCAAACUAGAUGAAGACAAAUCAUCAACAGAAAAUCUAGAAAGUGAUAGCAGGCCAAGCUCAGGUUUUUAUGAACUGAGUGAUAUCAGCUCCUGUUCUCUAUCCAAUUCUUGUUUAUCUGUAUAUAGUGAAUGUUUGUCAUCAGCAAGCAAAGUAAGGCCUUGCUCCCAAAAAUAUAAGAGCCAUUUCAAAAACUUUGAGUACCGACCAAGAUCAGCAGAUGAGAAAUCUUUGUGCGUUUAUACCGGAGACAUCCUCAAUAUAAGAAUAAAUUCCGUUCUCUCAAAUAUUCAAGGGAAAGAAAGUCGAAGACCUGUCUCAACUGGAGACCUUGAAAGAUUCAUACAACUGUACCAUGGAUUUCAAAACACAAGUGGCCUUGAAAGCAUGUCAACAUUUGAUAUCAAAGAUGAUAUAUUCUUUCAAAGUGUGGAUCCAAAGUAUCAGAAUGACCUUGUUUCCAAAAAUAGAAAUGAAAUUUACACAUACCCAAGUCCUCUCCAUGCUGUUGCUUUACAGAGCCCUUUAUUUUCUCUGUCUACUGAAUCACAAAAGUAUUCUACAGAAAACAACUCCAAAACUAUCCCUGGCCUUUUACCAAGGCCUGCUCUGUCUGCAGAAAAUAAACCAAAGGGCCAUAUAAACAAAUUGCUGCAAAUAAGAAAGAGCCAAGAAAUUGGGCUGGUUGGAUUUUGUCAGCGAAAUGCCAAAAAGACUCACCCAGCUCUUCCACACCAGACACUUAUAUCAGAGCAUUGCCCUACUGGCAUAAGUAAUACCAGUAUCUUCCAAAGACAAAGUCGGGUUUCUUUAAUAGAAGAUAACACAAAGGAGCAGGGAGACAUAACAAAAAGAGAAUUGCAGCCAAAGGAAGAUGCAGAAAAAAAUCUUAUUGUUAGUGAGAAUCUGAAAAUCACCCUCCCAGUUCCUUCAAGAAGAAAUCCGUCCCUCUCUACUAGUCAUCCAAAUACAGUACAUCAGCACAAGCUAAUAAACCUAAAUUGUUCUACAAACAAAGCACCACAAGAUUCUGGACAACAAAUGUCUUAUACAUCACACAAAAAGCACAGUCCUCAAAAAAGAAUACAUGCAGCUAAGAAUUUGGAACAUUUUGAGUUUGUUCAAGCUAAGUUCAUUCCUGGAGAGUCCCAUCAAAUUAAAAUAAGAAUGUCUACUUCUAAAAAUUUUCUAAUAAACAGAAAAAGAAGAAACAGUGAGAAAAGGAUAACGCCUAGCCCUGCACACAUAGUAGAAGAACCAGUACUAAGAGAACCCAUAAGGUUAAAAGAUGAAUGUAUUGAACAUUGCAAACCAAAAGUGGGCAGAAAACGAUCCAUAAAAAAGCCAUCUUUUUUUGUUGCUGCAACUCGUAGGUCCUAUUCAAAAGACAGUUUAUAUUCUGAUCAGUGUAGAACACAUAGAGCUCAAGCUGAUACUUCCCCAAAGAUAUUGUACUCCCCCAAUAUAAUGGAGGCUCACUCCCACUUGAAUAUAAAACACAAGUGGCAGUCAUCGGUAGAUAUUUCUGUAAACAAACAUCUUUGUAAUUUUUCCAGAAGUCCUCACACUGUCUACGGCCACAGAAAACCAGUAAAAAAGGCUGGGGUUAAACAUUGCAGGCACAUGGACAUACAUGGUCAAAGUGAGUCUGAAUAUUCAGCAGAGUGUUCUCUCUUUCACUCCACUGUUAUAGAGACUAGUGAUGAGGUAGCAAGUGAGUACACCACAAAUCGAUUUGGAGACAUUGGAUCCAGUGAUAGUGACUCAAAGUCUACUACUAGUGGUAGUAGCCUUUCUUUGAAUUGUGAGAGCCUAAAUUGGGCUGAUAAUACCCCUAAGACACCAGUUGCUCCCCACUUGAACAGACAUUCACAGCUAGAACCCAAGGUUUCUCGUAUCAAAGCUUCAAAAGCACUAAAGAAAAAAAUCAGGAGGUUUCAUCCAACUUCUCUUAAAAUUAUAACUAUGAUGUAAAACAGUGCUUGCCACAUGUGUUCAAG